GUUACGAAACUUUAAAUCCCACAAAAGAGAGUUUUGUACUUUUUUAUCGAAUUAUCUCUUUUCUACUCUCGUCUACAUCAUUUUGUAUCAGGUAUACGACAAUGACUAUCCAACACAUCCUAUCAUGCAUAAAUCGUGUUCUCCUACUUUGCAUCACAAUAAGCUCAAUUGUUCCACCAAUACGAACGGUCGAGAUUAAUGUCUACAGAAUACUCGAAGACGGCGCCAAAAACCAUAGAGAACACUUUCCAGAAUUAUCCGAUGAACAUACAUUCAAAGAACUCUUUAAUCAUCUCGCACACGAAAGUGAACAUGCGGCUGGCCACAAUCACACACAUUCUGAUACAAAACAGAGUCACAGUAAGUCACACGUUAAUGUUCAACAUCAUAUUCAGCAUCAUGCCGCCGUAGGAACAAGGAGAGGAAAAAAGAAACAUUCCUGACCCUUCGAUCCGUACAGGUAUUUCGAUCAUCGUACGCAAAUAUGAACACUUCAAUUGACUCCUCGCUCGGUGUA